GGUGGCGGCAGCGGCGGCAGCGGGUUCGGUUGCGCGUGGCGCACGGGGUGGGAGCGGAGCCCAGGCCGGGUGCGGGCGCUGCCGCCAGCGACCAUGGGGAACGUCUUGGCCGCUAGCUCGCCGCCCGCCGGGCCGCCGCCGCCUCCCGCGCCCGCCCUCGUGGGACUGCCGCCGCCUCCGCCCUCGUCUCCCGGCUUCACGCUGCCGCCGCUCGGGGGCGGUCUGGGCGCUGGGGCUGGCGCGGGUCGAGGUUCGGAACGGACCCCCGGUGCUGCGGCCGGCAGCGCCGCAGGGACCGCGGAUGAUGGGGCCUGCGGCUGCCUGCCCAACCCCGGCACGUUCGAGGAGUGUCACCGGAAGUGCAAGGAGCUAUUUCCCAUUCAGAUGGAAGGUGUCAAGCUCACAGUCAACAAAGGGUUGAGUAACCAUUUCCAGGUAAACCACACAGUAGCCCUCAGCACAAUUGGGGAGUCCAACUACCACUUCGGGGUCACUUACGUGGGAACAAAGCAGCUGAGUCCCACAGAGGCAUUCCCCGUGCUGGUGGGUGACAUGGACAACAGUGGCAGCCUCAAUGCUCAGGUCAUUCACCAGCUGGGCCCUGGCCUCCGGUCCAAGAUGGCCAUCCAGACCCAGCAGUCCAAGUUCGUGAACUGGCAGGUGGACGGGGAGUACCGGGGUUCUGACUUCACAGCAGCCGUCACCCUGGGGAACCCAGACGUCCUGGUGGGUUCAGGAAUCCUGGUGGCCCACUACCUCCAGAGCAUCACGCCGUGUCUGGCCCUGGGUGGGGAGCUUGUCUACCACCGGCGGCCUGGGGAGGAAGGCACUGUCAUGUCUCUAGCUGGGAAGUACACAUUGAACAACUGGUUGGCGACAGUAACGUUGGGCCAGGCAGGCAUGCAUGCCACCUACUAUCACAAAGCCAGCGACCAGCUGCAGGUGGGCGUGGAGUUCGAGGCCAGCACGAGGAUGCAGGACACCAGCGUCUCCUUCGGGUACCAGCUGGACCUGCCCAAGGCCAACCUCCUCUUCAAAGGCUCCGUGGACAGCAACUGGAUCGUGGGUGCCACACUGGAGAAGAAGCUCCCGCCUUUGCCGCUGACGUUGGCCCUUGGGGCCUUCCUGAAUCACCGAAAGAACAAGUUCCAGUGCGGCUUUGGCCUCACCAUCGGCUGAGCCCCUCCUGGCCCCCGCCUUCCACCCUUCCUCCUGCAGAUCCCCCCUCCCCCUCCCCCUGCCGCGGAGGGGAGACCUGAGCCCUCCUCCCCCUCCCUUCCCUCCCUCCUCGGGGGUCAGGGGGGCAGUGGAAAGGAGGGGACCCAUCACCCUAGCAGCUGAGGGGGGGUUCUGGAACUCGGGCGCUCCGGGAUUCGGAGCACGAGGGACGGUGCCCGGUGGGCCUGGAGUCCCAGGAGGGGGUCCGGAAUCAAGGGCACACCAGGUUCUGAGCACCAGGGGCAGAGGCGGCCAGACAACCUCAGGGAGGUGUUGGGGUGUCCGAGUCCCCCCAGAGGGCCCUGGGCCCGGCCCUGAGGGGCAGGAAGAAGAGGAGCUUCCCCAUCCCCGGUCAGUCUGCCCCCGCCCACUUGCCCACCCAUCCCUCAGUAUAAAUCAUGUUUAUAAGUUAUGGAAGAACCGGGACAUUUUACAGAAAAAAAAAAAAACCAACAAAAAAUAUACGUG